AUGGACAACCGCCCAACCAACAACCCUCUUUCUUCAGUACCCGAGAACCCUUCUCUGGACGACGACGACAACUCAUCUGACCCGUGGCCCUCCCACCACAACGCCCCCCGCAGACGACUGCAGCCCCGCCAGCCUCGUUUUGCGCUUGAGCCUGGCGCAAGCAGCAGUAGAACCCCACCAGCAUUCAAUCUGCGCGCCCAAGCGGCUGAAUUCGUCCCAAGCGUCACUGCCAGGAUGCCGACUAAGAGGAAAGCCUCUUCGUCCGCAGGCCCUGGAAAACCGGCUGCCUCGAGCGCUCGUAGCACCUCUUUGACUCCAGACCAGCCUAUAAUCCGCGGUGAGGAUCUGUUUGGUAGGGAUGUGCUCGUCCAGAAAGACGCCGAUUCUUCUGUGAGCUGGCUUGAUGACGAUGAGCAUUCAGAGAUCCUGGACAUGAGCGUACAAGAAAUCCGCACCUUUGCUCAGAACAACCCCCAGGCUGCGCAGCAAAACCGUGAUGCUAUUCGCGAGGCUUUGACGCUCGCACGCAAUCGUCCCACGGAGAAGAACAAGCGUCCUGCGGAUAUGUUCCCAGGCACUUCAGCCAUGCUAUUCAGCUGCAACAGCACCACCAGCACUUCAGAUCAAGCAGUGCAGCUAAAUUGCCUGAAAUACCUACCAUUGUGCCCAGCGGGACCUCUCGCUGGUCGAGGUGGAACCAUCACUAAAGACACCAAUCUCACCGUCCUUUCAAGCUACCGUGAGCGGCUCGAUUAUCCAUCACUGAGGCCAACACCACCCAAGAGAAAGUGGCCGCUUGACGAGCUGCCCAAGGAAAUCUUCGAUCUUAUUACCGACUUUCUCGAUCGGCAGGAUGUCAAGUCCAUGAGGUUGGUCUGUCGAGAGUUCGAAAACAUGGUCUCAGACACAUUGUUCAAUGCUUCGGUCGUGCCGUUCAAUACCGAACUGUACGACAUGAUCGACGAGGACGCAAAAGUAUCGACUAGAUCUUCACAAGCUACUCCUCAAGCUAUGGACAAGGGUAAGGGCCGAGCUCGAGACGCGCCUGAAGUGAGCCUGGACACAUUGCACGCUGGCUUGCAGUGGCAGAACGACAAGAACGAUGUAGAGGGAAAGGUCUAUCGUGGUCAUGGCCUUCGUGUCUUCCAGGGAUUCGGCCCGCACAUCAAGCGAUUUGGCAUGAGCUUCGAGGUUGCCGAAAGCCAGCUCGCUCGGCCUCCUGUCAAGAAAGAGCUCGAUCUCGUCGAAUCGUACCAUGGAGGUUAUGAAUGGCCGCCACAACAGUACACUCGCUUUGCCAACUUGGCUGGGUUGGAGCGAACUGCCGAUGAGACGCUCCGUAUGAAAGCUGCGUUUGCCAACUUGACCAAGGUUCAGGAACUCGGGUUGUCUGUCGAGAGCGGUCUUGGCUGGCUUAAUGGGCCAGACAAGAGUCUGCGAGCUCGCAUCUUUGAGCGGCCUUCUCCUGUAUUUGGUCAAUCGCAUGCGCGGCUUCCCGAAGGACUACAAGAAACCAAGGACUUUUGGGCAGCGCUUCAAGCCUGUCAUACCAAAGUCGGCGGCAACUCAAGUAUGAAAGAGGUCACACUCGCGAAGAGGAGUAUUGCCAAGCCAAUCCCUGAGCUGCCUGGUUUGCAAGAUACUCAGUUUGCUGAUCCGAGUUUGUGGCCCACCGUUGCGGCAGCUAAUAUCAAUGCCGCCACUUCUACCUGUGGCUCUCCAGAGGAAAUGGCACUCGAGGGUGUACUCUUUACAACCAUCAGCCCCACUGAAUCAGGUCUACCUUGGGAUAAGUGUGCAUUGGCUCCAUCCGAGUUGAGGAAGGAGCAGAAGGAGUGGCUUUUGGAGACUGAGUGGGCUCAAAGAGCUUUCUUGGAAUCCUAUAUCCUAGCGAUCAUCGACAACCCUCUCGUGGUCGCCAAUGUUCGAACUCUCAACGUCGCCAAGAUCUCCAGCAGCUUUCUGCCGAUUCUUGGGAGGUCGUCGUUCUGGGACGCUCUACCGAAUCUCAAGGACGUCACAAUCCACGUCAAGCCAGAUUGGAGGACUGUGGAGAAAGACAACGCUGGCUUCGCGGAGACACGUGCACUGAGCCCCUCUGAGGCUGUUCGCUCUUUCCACAAGAGUGUUCUGAGAGACCGCAUCUGCCUUCGCCCAUCCAUUACCAAGUUGAACAUCGGGUGGUUCGGUGGUGGCGAGCACGCCGAGGGCAUCUUCGCACGUAACAACAAUCUGCUCCCCGCCCCAAUCACUGCACCCGAACAUUGCAUUGCACCAGCAGCAGGCUUCGGCCUGGUUUUCAAGUUUGUUGAAGAGCUGACGCUUCACAACUGCUGGAUGACUCCGCCUGCUCUUGAAGAGCUGGUCAGAAAUCAUUCUAAUAAGAGCCUCAAGAAGUUGACACUCGACUCGGUCUCCAUCACAACUCAUCCUCGCUUCCCCACCGGAGGGCAGGCCGGUCAGGCGCAAGCAAUGGCAGCAGUGCAGGCUGCUGGUGUUCAUCAGCCCUUGUUGAACUUCCAAAACUUCCCCAACCAGCAAGCCGCUGCCCAGGCUCCUGGCGGCGCCAACGUUCAGCAGAACAACGCAAUGGCCCUCCCACCUCCAAUCGUGCCGCAAAAUGCACCGCAGAUGCAGCAAAUGGCCUUUCCAUGGCACGCACUCGGCAUGGCAAACGCCCCACAGGCCGGUCACUUCCAGCAGCACGUCGCAAACCAGCUGUUCCACCACCAUAACCAACACAACCCUGGCAUGCUCGCCAACGCUGGUGGCAUGAACCUACAGGCGAUGUUUGGUGGCUCCAAUCCGGGCAACAACAUCCAGCAAAACCCUCCACCACCACCACCGCUUCCACAUCUCCCACAUCUCCCCAACCAUAACCAGCAAAACACCCACUGGAGCGAAGCGCUCCGCGAGGGUUCAUGGCCAGAUCUUCUCAACAGAAUCUCUCCAGGUCCCAUCUUCGACGACUACAAGCCGCAGCCUGCUCCCUGGGAGGAGCAGCCACCACCACGCCCAGAGACGACUCUUCAAACAAUCGAGCUCAUCUCAUGCGGCUACGUCCGCCUCACGAACAACAACGCCUUCGACCAGUUCGCCAUCCAGGCCACGGAUGACCACCACCUGUCCGUCUGGUUCCGCCAACGACAAGCAGCACUCUCGCCAGCCAUGAUGACGACUAACGAUCGAUGCAUGGCUCGCAUCGUGCAGCAUAUUCCCAACCGUGAGCUCGUGGCGCUUCUGCUGGCUUGGGGUCUCCGAGAGGGAUGGGCGGACCAGGAGAAAGCGGAGGAGUCAGAGUAUGACGGGCUCUUGCCAGGUGGAACGGGCAGGUUGUCGGGCGUCAUCGAGAAGGGCAUGCCCCUCAUGUCGCAAUCAAACUUCGAGUGUCGAGCGUGA